ACCAAGCACCAAUAAUCCGGUCUUUAACAAAAGGCAGGCAAACAGGAGAGAGAAAGAGAAAGAGAGAGAGAGAGAGAUGUCUAUGGGACAUCGAGAGGGAGAGAUGCCUAUGACCCGCCCAAGACAAUCCCAUCGUCCCAUUUAUGAAGAUUUCCAGCCCCACUUUGAAUUGAAGGAAGAGCAGCAAGCUCACAUUGUACAAGUUCAUCUGCCUGGUUUUGUGAAGGAGCAGGCUAAGAUUACAUAUAUGCAUAACCCUGGUGUGAUUAGGGUUUAUGGACAAAGACCUCUCGACAACAACAAAUGGAGCCGUUUCGACCAAACAUUUCCGGUUCAACAUAAUUGCGACGCAACUAAAAUUCAUGCCAAAUUUAGCAAUGGGAUUCUUACCAUUACAAUACCAAAGAAAGUCAUCAUCACAUGGACUGCAACAGCCGAACCUGCUGCAAUCACGGUCAAGCCGAAGCCACACAAAGUUCAAGAGGACCCAAUUCCUUCAAAGCCGAGUUUGACAACACCGGCAGGCCCUCCGACAGACACCUCUUCGGAUACAAAGGGUCGGGAAGUUAUUUCUCAAACAGCUGCUGCUUCUGCUCAAGGUGAACAACAAAGGGGCAAGACAAGCGCUCAGGAAGCUGCUGCUGCUGCCGCGUCGAAGGCAGAAAAGGCUACUUUCACUGCCAGAGAUGAAAAAGAAAUGGAUGACAAGAAUGGUCGUCCUCCAUUAGCUCCUCCGAAAGGCACUGCAGCUGAGACAAAAGCACAAGAGGACAAGGAGGAUGAGAAGAGGCUGAUGCCGUUGACUAGUCCGGAAACAGGCAUAGGCGAGCCCAAGUCUGAGGAGGGUGAUCAGGAUGGAAAGAGAGGAAAGGCUUCUGCCAAGAGUGUUUAUCAAACGGGGGUUGAAAACAAGGAUCAGAAAGAAGCAAAAGGGAAGGCUGAUGCAGAACCGAAGAAUGCUGAGAACGUUGUCAAAACUAAUAUACACAAGGAAAGGGAGACCGGUGAGAGAAGCAAAGAAGCAAGGGCCCUCCUUAAGAUUUUAGAGAGGGAAGAGAACAAGAGCAGGGGUUUCAGUAAGCCUAAGGAGGAGGGUUCUAUUGCUGCACAUGUGAUGGCUGCUGCAAAGGAGCGUAUGAAAAAUCUCGGCAACGGGAUGAAUGAUGAAAAGAAGCAGAUGUUGAUCAAUAUGGGCGGAGCGGUUCUAGUUCUUAUGGCGCUAGGGGCUUCUGCAUCCUACAUUUUGUGGUACUCUGGGAAAGGCAAAAACUAAGGCCAGCAUCUUUUCACAUUCCAUUACAGAUCUGUUAUUACAAACUACACGAACACAUACACAAGUAUUGCAGCUUUUACAUCCAUUUGUAUAGAAAUUAACUACGACGGAUAAAUAUACCUUACAGACAGGUGUAAUAUAUAUCCAUCCUUGGAUGACAGCAAUACAAAUGACUGGUUCAGUAGGGGUAUAUCA